UGCAGGCCGACCCUGGUUCAUCCUCAUCCGCAGCAGCAGCAGCAACAGCACUGCCCCUCCCUCUGCUCCAUCCACACCACUGACGGACGGCCAGCGGAUUCUCCAGUAUCAGAGUGACGUCCUCGAGACAGUAGUGCUGGUGAACCCAUCAGAGGAGACCGCUGCCUCAGAGAUUCGAUCACUGAUCACCGACUUUGCUGGGAAUAAGUUGCUGAUACUGUGCGGCCAGAGCUCUGAGCAGGGAGGUGACAUCUUACUGCAAAGUGGAGCCUUCACCUGGCAAAACUUCUCUGACAUAAUCUCCAACCCUCAAGUAACUGAACUUCUGUCCAAGGCCUCUUCAGAACAGCCGUCCAGGCUUACUGUUUCCUGUCAGGGAGACGGGGGCUGGAGCUCCCUGGGCCAAAGCCAGGAGCAGCAGUCACUUCAAAAUAUUUUGGAAUACCGCCUGAACCCUGAACCUAACCUCCCCGACAUGGACGGAGUCACAGAGUUCACCGAGUAUGUCUCAGAGACAGUGGAUGUUCCAUCAUCCUUUGAUCUUCUGGAGCCCCCGACCUCAGGAGGUUUUCUGAAGCUUUCCAAACCCUGCUGCUACAUCUUUCCUGGAGGCAGGGGAGACUCUGCUCUGUUUGCGGUGAACGGAUUUAACAUCCUGGUGGAUGGUGGGUCAGAUCGAAAGUCUUGCUUCUGGAAGCUGGUUCGCCACCUCGACAGGAUUGACUCUGUUCUGCUUACCCACAUUGGUGCAGACAACCUCCCUGGCAUCAAUGGUUUGUUCCAGAGAAAGAUUGCAGAACAAGAAGAGCAGCGUAACCAGGGAUCUGGCUCCAGCAGCAAUGGUGAAUUGAUGAAGAACCUUAUCUCUCCCGAGUUGGGGAUUGUGUUUUUUAAUGUCCCAGAGAAGCUUCGGAUGCCUGAGUCCACGCUGAAAGUGAAGCGAAGCAUUGAGGAAGCAUCUCUUACAUUGCAAUACCUCAACAAGCUUGGUAUCACGCCAGAGCCUCUUCACAGGGUAGUCAGCAACACCCUUGAACCCAUCACACUAUUCCAUAAACUUGGUGUUGGAAAGUUAGACAUGUAUGUCUUAAACCCUGUUAAAGAGAGCAAAGAGAUGCAGUUUCUAAUGCAGAAAUGGGCUGGAAACAGCAAAGCCAAGACAGGGAUUACGAUGGCCAAUGGAAAAGAAGGAGAAAUAUCUGUCCCGUAUUUGACAUCAGUUACCGCUCUCAUUGUUUGGAUUCCUCACCGUCCAACAGAAAAGAUAGUCAGGGUGCUCUUCCCUGGAAAUGCACCGCAGAAUAAAAUCUUUGAAGGCCUUGAAAAACUGAAACACCUGGACUUCCUGCGAUACCCAGUAGCUACCCAAAAAGAUAUUUCAUCAGGUGCACCUCCUCCUAUCAUCAAACAGACCAAAAUGAGAUCAAGAACUGACAGCAAGGAAAGUCUCAAGUCUUCACCGAAACCACACUCUAAAACCACAAAGAAAGAAGCCAGUGGGCAGGAGGAAGAGUCCAAGAGUGACAUUAAUACAGAGAAUAAAGUGGAAAAGACAGAAGAGAAGAAACCCAAAAGUCCAAGUCUAAAAGCCACCAAACAACAGAAAAACAGUGAGUUUGCGCCUGUUGCAGGCAACUUGGAGAAAAAGAAAGUAUCAAAGGAAAAAACGUCAAAGAACGAGAAAACUUCCAAGAUGGAUGAAAAAAAAGACAAAGAGAAAAAGGAAGUUAAGAAGGAGAAAGGUGAAGUAAAGAAAGAUGAAAAUAAAAAGGAAGUAAAAAAAGAAAGCAAAUUCAAGGAAGACAAAAAGAAGGACCCAAGUAAACCAGAGCUGAGAAAAAUCACUAAACCUGACCUAAAGCCACUCACCCCUGAAGUGAGAAAAACUCUGCAUAAGGCAAAGACUCAGGUUAAGCCAAAGACUGACAAAAAUAAAGCAGUUAAAGAGAAAGCUAAUGAGAAAAAGCCAGUCCCAAAAAACAUUCCUGACGAGAUCGCAGCAGCAGCUUUGGCUGACAGGUCUAUUGUGUCUUCCCCAGAGGACCUCACUGAGGACUUUGAGGCUCUGAAAAAGGAAGAGCGGUCCAAAGUCAAGUCUGAGCCGAUCCAGAAUGAUGUGAUGUUUGGGCACUCAAUGUACGGGGAUACUAAAGUUCCUUCCUUAGUUUUUACUGAAGAUAAAGUCACAUCCCAAGCCACUGAGAUCAAAUCUGCUUCACCCAAAUCCCCUGUCAAAAAAGAUGAAGACAACAAGGACAAGGGCACAUCAGUACAGAUUAAAGCAACUGAGAAGAAGGAAGCAGGCAGUGGGUAUGCCAAGAAGUUUGAAGAGGACCAAAUUGGGAAAUAUGACGAAUAUGACAGCUCAAGAGACAGAUCAAAGAAGAGUGACAGCUCAGAGGAGGAGGGUGAUGUCAUUGAAAAAGCUGACCUUGAAGGAACAGAAGAUGAUGAGGUCCUCAAAUAUAAAACAGAAGAGGCGAAAAAGGAAAAAUCUGUCAAGGAUUGGGACACCAAGCCAACUGAGACAAAACCUUUAUCAACCACAGCCCUAUGUGGACAAGUAACAGCCUCCGUCUCGGAGCAAUUCUCCUUAAUCCAAGACGAGACCAUCCCCGGCUACUCCGAAACUGAACAGACCAUCUCUGAUGAGGAGAUUCAUGAAGAACCAGAUGAUAGGAUCCCACAGCUGCGUUAUGAUGUGGGGUCCUAUGACGUCUCUGUCCCUGACCUCCCCGGUACCUUUGACUCCAUGCAUGGUAUGAAAGAGAUGAAGUUCUCCGCACUGUCUGAUGUAAAACCUAAAGCCUUCCUGGGUGGUCACGAGCAUGAGCUUGCACCUUACCCUGCCAUCAUUGCUGCUCCUCUUGCAGAAGAAGAGCACAUAUCCUCUGCAACAUCCAUCACAGAGUAUGACAAAUUGUCAUCCUUUGCUACGUCCGUAGCUGAGGACCAGUCGAUAGCCUCUGUGACAGCACCUCAGAACGAGGAGGCUGGGAGGAACUCUCUCCUGCUGGACACAAUGAACAGUAUCCCCUCACGCGCUGAGGCCGCCCAUGGCAAAGAUUAUCUCCACUCAGCAGGAACCAUCUCACCCACCUCCUCUCUGGAGGACGACAAGUGCUUUAAGUCUCCUUCCUCUGAUGAAUACCAGCCAAACAUUCCUGAAAUGGAAACUAAUGCGAAGAUCAAAUCAGUCCAUGAAGAGGAAGAUGAUGAGGAGGACGAGGAUGAGGACCAGACUCCAAACGUUGACAUCCCUCUGGGUAAACUGCAAGAGGGCUAUGAACAUGCAGCCUUCAAGAUGCUCCAGGAGAAGGACAAAUCUCCCUCUGCCACUUUUUCUCCUCCUCCCCCUCCCUUCUUUACCAUGCAGUACUCUACCACACAGGCUGUGAAAGAUAACCAGUCCCUUUCUAAAGGAUUUAAGACUGGGGAAGAUAUUAAGCCUGUUUCACCACCUCCAUCUUUCUCCCCUAGGUUAGAUUUAGAGUCCCACUCCAGGCAGGAGAGUGAGGAAAGAUGUUUGAGUCCAGAUGACUCUACCAUGAAGCUGGCUUCACCCACACAGUCUGUGCCUACAAGCAGUGGCUACUCUCCGACAGAAGAUAAAUCUUUUAAGACACAAGAAAAAUAUGUUAAAACUGACACCCAGAAAUCACCCAUUAUCUCAGCUGGUGACAAGACAGUGUCAGCAUCUGAAGAAGAGUCUGAAGAUUCUGAAAAAUCACCUGAAGACAAUGAGGAGGAAGAGGACUUUUUUGCCAAAAAUAAUCUACAGCCCGCUGUUAAGGCCAAGAUUAUGGAGGCAAAAGAAGGGUGCUUCUUGGACGACGACUUUGCCUCUGAGACAAAAUCUGAAAAGACAGAAACUAAAGUCAAGACGUCAGACAAGACACAGGUGGCAUUCAGCACAGAGGUGAAACCCAAACCUCAAGUGAUGUACUCUGAUGAAGAUGAGGAUGACAAUGAGGAUGAUAUCCCAAGUAGGAUAGGACCAAAUAAGCCCUUGCCAGCAGAUCAAAGCAAAGUAGACUUAAAAAAUGAAGGUACAGAGAAAACUGAUUCUAAAGAUUCUGAGAAAAAUGUUCAUUUCAGUCUCUACAACUUUCCAGAGAAGGAGAGCAAAGAAAAGGCAAUAUAUAUAAGACAGGACACGCCCUAUGUGCAUGGCAAAACAUUCUCUUACGGUGACAUUUACGGCUCAGUGGACUCUGAUUCAUAUAACCAGGAUUCCUUAGAUAAAGUUGACAAGGACACGGCACAGAGUGAAAUAGAUGCCAAUAAACCCCAGACGCCAUCACCGGUAACAUCUACGGACAAUAUGUCAGAGAAGGGGGGAUUCACCGAUUCUUGGGGAAAGGAUUCCUCCCCUUCGUGGCUCGACUCCAAGAGUACUUCUGCUAAACCUCCAUUUGAAGAGGUAAAAGGAAAGGCGACCUUUGAAUACAACACAGGAAGCCGAUUCCCUUCAGUGGCUGAUAGACCCGAGGCCUCGUCCACGUCUCUAUCAUCAGAAAAAGACGCCUCUUUUAAAAGCCAGACUGACGGCACAAAGCCCCAGACGUACUCCUCAAGGACAGCGUUUGAAACUGACAAACCUGCCGCCACAGGUUACGGUGAGAAAGGAGCAGACUUGGAGAUUGAUAUGCAAAAACUAACUGCAAGGGAUGAGGAGGACUAUGAUGAUGAUGAAGUUGCAGAUGAAUACGACGAGGAAGACGAAGAGGACGAGGAGGACGAAGACGAAUGUGCUGUCGAUUCUGAUAUGGAGAAAGGUGCCAAAGAGAGGUCUGAAAAGGAGGUAAAGAGUCCAGUCAGUGAAAUGUUUGGCUCAAAUAGGCCUGAAUUUAUGGUUUCUAUGGCGGGGUACGGUUAUAACAGCCAGGGGAAGACUGAAAAUGAGGUAAAGAGUCCAGUCAGUGAAAUGUCUGGCUCAAAUAGGCCUGAAUUUAUGGUUUCUAUGGCGGGGUACGGUUAUAACAGCCAGGGGAAGCCGAGAAGCCCCCCUUCAAUUAAAAAGGCUGAACACGAGGCUCAGAUUAACUCCUCAUCCAGUGGAAAGCCAAUGGAUUUAGGAGCUACAGGUUUCUCUGGCUCCUCCUCAGGGCUUGAGUACUCAUAUGGAAAAGUUGAGAAAGACUCAUUUUUUUCAAGUCACAAAGGUAAAGAGGAUCUCACGUUGAAAUCAGCAGACGACAGUUAUUACCAGAGUGACAGGGCUGAUCCAGAUUUUGAGAAACAGAAAACACCAGACCUUCUGAGCAAGAAAUCACUGGACUCAAACCUCCAGUACACAACAACUGCUGGCCCUGGGUACUCCUCUUCUUCGGCCUACAGCUACUCCUCCUCCACCUCAGGCUCCCUUUCCACCAGCCGCCAGUUCGGAGAGGAGCUGGAGACUCCUGCCGAGCCUCUUUUUGAGUACUCCUCUUUUAAAGAUGAACACUCACUUGCCAUGGAUUCUCCAUUGUCCAGCUCCACUGGUGCUAAAGACGACUAUCUAGAAGUUUCUGAAAGACACAUCACAGCUACAACCACGGCUGAGUCCACCCGUUUCUCACCUCACAGCCCAUUUGAGGAGAUCAAAUCUUUCCCUUCACAUUCGUCCACUGCUUUUGCAGGGGACAAAAAGGAGCAUACUGCUUCUUUAGGAGGCGUUAUGGACAAGGGGCCUCAAUCUGACUGUUUCUAUAAGCCGGAAUGGUCUCAUGGGUCGAAGCCAGACACAGCUGUUGGGUUCAAGGCCUCUGCAGGACCGUUUGCUCAACCUGCAGAGCUAUCCAAGGACAAAGAGGCAGCCAGUGCUGCUCUUUUUGGUGUCACUUCCUCACCACGCCCAGACAUAGAAGGCAAGCAUUACUUUGAGGAGACGGACAGCAGUGAAGAAGAAGAAGAAGAAGAUGAGGACGCGUACAUGCGUGAGAUGACUCGAAAGUCUCCUUCUAGUGGCCCGGCUGGUGGCCUCUCAUUUACAGACAAGCCUGUUCUUCCAGCUGCAAGUGAAAAGACAGCUGGUACAAUCCCUGAGGUUCUUGGGUCCUACAUGCCCUCGCCCUUCCAAGUCAGCAAGCCAGACAAAACAAACGGACCCACAGAGGUCAGCUUGAGCACCACCCUACCUGCUGGAGAGGAAUCCAGUGGUGCAUCUUCAGGACCUACUAAGGUGGAACCCAAGGUUGGAGCUGCAGCUUACAAGAGCUCUUUCGAGUGGGAGAUGUCAAAGCCCCAGAUGGGAAUGGUGCCCGGAGACUCCCCUACUCAUUACCGUGAUGAAGAUGAGUUUGAAGAGGAGUGUGAGAUGGAGCCAGAGCACCCUGUUCGCCCACUGUCACUCUCUUCAACUGAUCAGCCGUUUCACUCUCCGUUCUACGCUGAAGAGUGCAGCCGAGGAGGCCAGGAUGACGACGAUGAUGACAGCGAUGAGGACCUUGUUGGGGAUGUGCCCAUGGGGGCCACCUCCUCCUAUACCAGCCGCAGCUCCCCCGGAUAUUCUUCCUCCGAGUACAGGCAGGCAAAACAUGACCUCUCACCUUCCUUCAUCAACCCAUGCAUGCGUCACGUAUCCAGCGAUGAGGAUGAUGAGGAGCAUUGUCGCAGAAGUGACCAAUCGCAGGAGGCCGAUGAGAAUGAUUUGUCGGUCAAGAGUCGGGCUCACAAACAGCUGUCACACAGCAGGGAGAGCAGCUCCCUGCACCAAGCUGGUGGCAUGUCAGCAGGGCUGGGUCUGGCCACAGAGGACACACCGCCAACCUCAGUCAGCGAGUCUUCAGCCUCUCAGUCAGACUCUGAUGGGCCUCCGGGCACUGAGGAAUACCCCACAGUCGCCGGUGAGGGCAACAUGGACUCUGAUGAAGAUGCAGAUUAUAUGCCUGUUGAUAAAUUAUCAGCCACGGGAGGGGGCAGCCAUCAUUCCUCUAGAAGGACUGACCCUCCUCCUGCUCCCGUCAUGGACCCAUGCCCUCACCCCCCACGUCCAGACGUUUGCAUGGUUGAUCCUGACACUUUGGAUAAUGGCUUGGUUAAGAAAGAGCCAAAAGUCAAGAGCUUGAAAAAGACUUCGGGUAAAACCAAGUCAGCAUCCCCGGCCAGGCGCAAGAAGUCUCCCAUGCCAGUCAAACAGACGGCAUCCCCUCGUACCGCCUCACUGAAGAAGAAGGAGUCAGACAAAAGCUCACGUAUGUCUCGCCUGUCUGACGGACAGGGCUCCAAAGAUGAUGACCUCUCCAGGUCGAGCUACAACCCUGGCAAGAGCCUGACUAACGGUGUCAAGAGCAGUUCAGGCUCUCAGAAGUCCGGCUCUGCAGCUGCUUCUGGCCUUCCUAUUUAUGUGGACUUGGCCUACAUUCCAAACCACUGCAGUGCCAAGAAUGUGGAUCAAGAGUUUUUCAAACGCAUUCGCUCUGCGUACUAUGUGGUCAGUGGGAACGAUACAGCAAGUGGUGAACCAAGCCGGGGAGUCCUCGAUGCAUUGCUUGAUGGCAAAUCUCAGUGGGGUUCAAACCUCCAGGUCACGCUGAUCCCCACCCAUGACACAGAGGUGACCCGUGACUGGUACCAGCAGACUCAUGAGAGGCAGCAGGAACUCAACAUCAUGGUCCUGGCCUCCAGCAGCACCGUUGUUAUGCAGGACGAGUCUUUCCCCGCCUGCAAGAUCGAGUUUUAAGACCCUCGUUUCCCCCUCUCCCUCCUCCUGGCCUCCCCAGUGUAGAUCUGGUUUUAAUUGCUCUUCUCUAUAGCCUGAUAUGCAACUCUGCCUCUGCUUUGGGCACUUAACCAAAAGCAUAAACAGACCUGGAUAACUGUCUAUGUUUUUCUAGAUUUGUAUUUAUUUAUAAGCUUGUUGUGGCUAUCAGCAUUUGUAUUACAAAGGUAGUUUUCUGACUGUGUCCUUCACUACAAUAUUAUUAUUUCUCAGGCCUAUGAAUGGGAGAGUUUUUUUCUGUUCCUUUACAUAUCUUUUUAUCAAACCCUGUGAGACAAUGACGUCUUUAUUGGCUCAGAAAAAAUGCCUAUUGUAAAAAGAAAAAGAGAAUCAUAUAGGAAACAACGUAAAUUAACAAUUGGUUGCUUGUCUUCUAAUUGGCCUAAACGAAAGCACAAGUUUGCACACCUUAAAAGCCAGCAACAAUCGAGUGCAUCGUGGACAAAACGUCGAGCCUUUCUCAAUGUGAUCAAUUGAAUCGGAAGUCAUUAUUACAGGCUACUUGUGAUUAGCUUUCCCUAACUUGGCUCUAUAUUCCCGUUCAACUUUCUUCUAAAAACAAUGGCAGUCCCAGUGUUGAACUUUGUGCCUCCUGACAUAGUGCGAUAGAACACGUUCAAUCUGUCUUUUGAGUAUAUUAGCCGUAGCGUAGGAAAAAGUAUAUUAAAAAAUCUGUAUUGUAGUGAUAUUUCUACGGUAAACUCAAAGUGAAAAUCAAUCUUUAAAGUACGAUUUUCUCGGUGGCUUUUAUUUGUUACGGUAGAUCUGGAGAAAAACAUGUCUCUCUAUAAUUGUUUCCGUAGUCUUUGGUGUAUUCUUUCAGUGUAUUUCCAGUUAACACGUUGUUGCAGAGGAUCGUGAGGAGAACUGAAGGCAGAUGCGGUGAAACGAGUACAAAUUCAUCAACCUGAUUUUUGGAUUCUCCCCGUUUAUCUCUUAACAUAUAAAACAGCGCUCAAGCUUAGAGGAAGGUUGACAAACCUUAUAUCUGUUGCUGCGCCUCAAAGAUCUUUAAAGCUGUGUUAAAGAACGUCGAAUGUAUUCCACUACAACAUUAGGAACAUGUGGUUGCGAGGAGAGAUUGUGUUUGCCUGGUGAACAAAGGUGGUCGGUUUGCUUGAUAGUCAGAGGUUGGACUGUCACCCACAUGUGCCUUUCUGUCCUGCUUUGCUGGAAAGGGGAAAUGAAAUGUGGUUUUUCGUCGUAUAAAUUUAGCUGGUCUCCUCUGUUGUCGUGAGUUUUUGUCGGUGAGAACAUCAUUGCACAAAACAAGGUCAAGAGUUGUACAUAUUGAGAAUAAAAUGGCACUUUUAAGAGCACCGCCACGGUGCGUUUUAGAUUCCCUGGAGCUGCCACUCGAAAAAGCACAACAAGUAACCAGUGUGCAAAAAUGUAAGCAGUCUUAAAUUAAGCAACACAUAACAGCAUUUGCAAAGAAAAAAUUGGCAGUUUUAGUUUUUUUCUGGUUACUUUGGUAAUUAUUGUAGAAAAGAGUUUGCUAAAUUACUUUUUAGAAAAAAAACACCUUGUUUUCUUAAAAUUGUCAACAUUUAACUAGUGAUUUUUUGUUCUUCCAGUGGCAAAUCAGUGGAUGUUUUUAAGUUACACUUAAUUAACUUAUUAUACAUAUAUAAAUAUAGGUGCUUUUAUUUGAUAUUGAUGAUUUUAAAUUUUGAUAGGUUUUAAGUACUUUUUAACAAAUCUUAACUACCCAACAAAACUCAAGGACCAACACGCAUCACCAGGGUUGCUCUUUUAUGAUCCACAUUACAGAUCAGAUAUUCCCCUGUAUGAUAUUUUAUCCCCUCGAUGCAUGGACACAGAAGCAUGUACAUAAAGGAGAUAGCUCUUUAACAAGCAGGGGGCCCGCCAGACCUCAGCGGCUCCAGUCGAUUUGAAUGUGAAGAUGCAGAUUUACCUUUACGUUCUCCGUGGAGGGCUUUGAUCUCCUGGUUGCCUUGGUUACUGUGCAUCAUGUGGUACAUCUGACUCAUCGCUCACGCCGGGCGGUAACAACCGUACUGUUGUAGCCUGCAAUACAUCUGGACUUUGUGUAGGGCAAAGACCUGUUUCUUUAUUUAGAUGACACACAUUAUGAUUUUCUGUCCUAAAUGAUAAAGAUAAGAAAUACUCAGUGCUGAUUUAAUUAACAGCAUCUUUGAUAAAAGAGGGUCAAUGCAUUCCUGUUUAAUACUGCAUCACUGUAAACGUUAAUAAUAACAAACGAACACUACUCAUAUGAGCAGACACUCAAAACCCAAACUGCCAGACACUCAUAUCAAUACAUUUAUACCUAUAAAGGAUUUCCUAUUACUCACACCUUUUUCCAGACAAUGCUUAAAAUACACUCACAGCUGCAUUUUCGUAUCGUGCAACAAAAAAUAAGAAAAUAUAAAUAUCUGUGGGCAUUCAAACUUGUUUGCCG